AACGUGUACGGCGAAGUGCGGUCGACUCGUCGAUGCGCUGCUGUUCUGCCGCGCUUGUCAAAUUAUAACAGUUUUCUCGAAACGCGUGUGUAAAUAAACAAAUUAUUACUUUUCAUUUGCAAAAUAAUGAUGAAGUGAUAUAAAUGUUCGUUGAAUUCGUGCCUUAUUCAAGUGGAGCGUUUGAAUGAAACCGUAACCGCUUCUCGCAAUGACAAGGGAGAGCACUCUGUUACCUUUUGAGAAACCGGAGGCAUUAAAAUGUUUCAUGUGGCCUAAUUGAUGCCUCUUUCUACGUAAAUAAGUGUAUUAUUUGCAUGUAAGACUAGUGUAAAUCGUUUUAGUGACACUGAAGUAAAUCGUCUUUUCGUUUUCGUCGUUAGUCGUCUACACGUUGAAAAAAUGAGUGUUUUAAGUGGUUUGAGCAGGGCUGACUUCAAGACAGCGAGCGAUGGACUCCUGGAGCUGUCCGAGGAGCGACUCCGGAGCAUCAUGCGUUCCGAGCCCAUCACCGACGUCUACCACGUCGAGCAGACACCCUUUGCAAGGGGCAAAUUCGCAUCUGUCCGCAAGAUCCGCCACCUUGUUUCCGGAGAGGAGUAUGCAGCCAAAUUUAUCCGCAAGCGGCGUCGUGCGGCGGACACCACGCGCGAAAUUCAUCACGAAGUCGCUGUGCUCGCACUCUGCGCAGGCUGCAAGCGAGUCGUGAGUCUACAUGAGGUAUACGAAACCCGGUCAGAAGUAGCAAUAGUGCUGGAACUCUGCACUGGCGGAGAACUACAGCACGUUCUCGACGAAGAGGAGCGUCUAACUGAAGGCGAAACCCGCAGAGCUCUUCACCACGUUCUCGAGGGCUUAGCACACUUGCACGCAAGACGCGUGGCCCACCUGGACCUAAAGCCACAGAACCUGUUGCUCUCUGCUGGUGGAGAAGAGCUCCUGAUCUGCGAUUUUGGAAUCAGCCGCGCUAUACAGCCUGGUGCUCACGUGCGAGAGAUUCUUGGCACCAGAGACUAUGUUGCACCAGAAAUUCUAUCCUACGAGCCUCUCUCCUUGGCCGCAGACAUCUGGUCGGUGGGAGUUUUGGCGUACGUUCUCCUCAGCGGUUACUCGCCUUUCGCGGGGAAUACCAAACAGGAGACCUACCUGAACAUCGCGCAGUGUCAACUCUCCUUCCCUAAAAAUAUGUUCCGUGGCGUAACGCAGCAGGCGAUUGACUUUAUUAAGGAGACACUUGUCGUUGACCCCAAGGGCCGUCUUACAGUGGAAGAGUGCCUGGAGCACCCCUGGUUAAAAGACGUGACUGAUGUACCACGCGCCAUCGUGGGAGCGGGCUUUGAUACAACCGAGGUAGCCAGCGACGAAGACACACAAGAUACCGUCAACGGUCACGGCGAAUCCAAUAGACAUGACCGCAAUGGAUAUGACUGCAAUGGACACAGUGAUCACAAUGGUCACGGUGACCAUCAUGGACACGGUGACCAUAAUGGACAUAAUGGGAUGAACGGUUAUGGAGUUAAUGGACAUGGAAAUGGAGUUAAUGGUGUUACUGAAUGCAAUGGAACUAAUGGGGAUUCUCUCGAGGAGGAUAAAGAGUCUACCGUUGCCUGGUCGUCUUCUCCCACCUGCUGUGAACUACGCGAAGAGUGCGAGGAACGCGACAACCCUUUGAAGCAUGCGCAUGCGCGUGACGUGUCGCCACCCUUCCCUGAUGCACCCUCUACACCUAAGGUGUCCCGCAAGUCGCAUCCCCACCCACCGUCCGUGCUAGCGCUGUGCAAGAAGUUCCAGCCGGACUACGAGAAGCCGGCCGUGGCCAGCGCCGCCAAGCUGGCGGCGGGCGAUGCCUCUUCGUCGGGCUGCCUGCGCGUGCGCGGCUCCCGACCGCCGCGCCCGCCGCCCGACCGCGCCGUACUCUGCUAGCGACUCUGAAUGCUCUGCUGUACACUAAUGUACACCACUACCGAAGGUAGUCGGCCGCUGCCGCAACCGCAGCCGCAGCCAACCAUCAUGUAAAUAAGUAGCCUAAGUUAGUUCUGUACACGAGUUGUAUUAUAUUACAGUAGGGCCCCGAUUACGCGAACUUGCCACUACUUAACUAGUGAGAUACAUUAUCACGGCUUCAUAUGAAAUGUAGCAACAAAAGUCAUCUUAAUAAUUUAGUCUGGAUUUUCAUUUAUUCUAACACUGUAGUUCAGAUUUGUAUUAAGGCGGUAUUGUAUGAUUUUUUUUGUGAGGCCUCUGACGUCAUUUCGACGGUAGUUCGUAGAGUAAUCGUCGUCCUACGGCGAUGGUACAAAAAGCAUAAUUAUACGAACACCCGAUGGCUUGUAAAUUGUGUUCUAAGAUUUUAUCGUAAGCAUCUGCCGUUCGUGGCGCCGCCAUAGUUGUAAAUAAUCUAUGCUGACGUCUUUUAGGACAUUCGAUAUUUGCCGGUGGAAAGCGAAGAAGCGUUUAGUUUUCAAUUACUCAUUUAACGUCCAUAUAUAAUAAACACAGAUCGGAAAAAACAGAUUAUAUUUACCCAAACUUCAUGUAAUACAUGUAUAGAGUGCAUAACACCUCAAUCUGAAAUCUCCGAAUUAUUAAAAAUUACUAUAAAUUACAAAAUUUCUCAAUACAUUACCGCAGUAAAAUAACUACACUUAUGGACAUAUUUAGAGGAACGCAAAACAAAAAAGUUAUAACAAUGAAAAAAGAACGAUUGAAGUCGGUUUCGAAUUGACACCCGAAGACGAUUGAUCGUCUUUUUUGUCGAUC